AGGCUAUCCUGUCAUGCGGGAAACUCGUUCAGGCUGCAAGCCACGCCCCUCUCUUGGCUAAUGGCGCCUUGUGAUUGCAGAUCGCCACCCGAAUCCGAUCUUUUCUGGCCUCAUCAGUGGUCAAUGCUACUCUGUGGUUAUGACAUCGCCUAUCCCCUGCGCCCGCAGUCCACGUCCCGUGCGACCUCUUACCGAUGAGGAACACUUAUCACUGGUGCACACCGUCUACUUCAGCUCCGCAGAGCCUAUACGUUUGCUCGAAUGAGAGGCAGAGUUUCACGAUGGAUAUGCGAGCUGCAUCCAAUCACCCCUCCCCCUUCCCGUCAUUCCCUCCUCCUCGGGGUAAAGUCGACCCCCUGGCCGCACCACAAACAAUGCGAGUUUCCCGACGGAAGUCGCAUAGUGCCUGGUCUAUAUCAGUUCCCUUGUUUACCUGAGGGAAAUUUCCCAGUCGAGAGAGGCGUGUAUGACUACGAGUCCCAUAAUCUCUAACCAAAACUUGGCCGGCCCCAUUUUCUGCAGUCUUUGUCAGUGUUUUCGGCCGUUGAGCGAUCAGCUGCGCCCGGGCAAAGAACUUUAUAGGAAACCAUGGCUCCAAUGAUUGAGGAUGGCGUCCAGUCACCCUCCAACAACCCCGUCCCGGCCAAAUCUGGGGAUAACCCCAACAUCUACACCGAUGUCGAGGAAGACCAACUCCAGGAGACGGCAAAGGCCUGCUUGGCCAACUAUGGCACCAAAUUCGAGAAGGACAUUAUCACAGGCAGCAAAGGACUAUACGUCUACACCGCCAGCGGCCAUCGAGUCAUGGACUGGACAUCAGGUCAAAUGUCUUGUCUCGUAGGGCACGGUCAUCCAGAGAUUGUCUCCACGAUCCAUGAUCACGCGGCAAACCUGGACCAUUUGUUCUCUGGCAUGCUGUCGCCCCCUGUCAUCAACCUGGCUCAACGGCUGACGUCGGUUCUGCCAAACGGGUUAGACAAGGCUUUCUUCCUCUCCACGGGCGGUGAGUCCAACGAGGCCGCCAUUAAGAUGGCUAAAGUCUAUACGGGCAAGUUUGAAAUCGUCGGCUUGGGAGCGAGCUGGCAUGGCGUCACCGCACAGGCGCUGGGCACUCAAUACCACUUCGGGCGUAAGGGCCAGGGCCCCUUGAUGCCAGGGAUGCAUAUGCUCCCCCCACCGAAUGCCUACCGCUCCAUUUUCCGCAAGCCGGACGGCUCCUAUGAUUGGGAAACCGAACUCAACUAUGGGUGGGACCUGAUUGACCGGGCCUCCUGUGGCUCCCUGGCGGCAUGUAUCGUCGAAUGCAUCCAGUCGUCGGCGGGCAUGCACGUGCUGCCGACGGGAUACCUGAAGGCACUCAAGAAGCACUGCGAAAAGCGGGGCAUGCUGCUCAUCGUGGACGAGGCUCAGACCGGUGUGGGCCGCUGCGGCGACCUGUUCGCCAUCAACCACGAAGGCAUCGUCCCGGAUAUCCUCACACUCAGCAAGACGCUGGGUAACGGUCUGCCCCUGAGCGCCGUGGUGAUGAGCUCCGAGAUCGAGCGCGUGUGUACGGAGCGCGACUACUGCUUCUAUACCACACAUGUAAAUGACCCUCUCCCCGCGGCCGUGGGCGACAAAGUUCUCGAGAUCGUCCUGCGCGACAACCUUGUCGCCAAUUCGCGGGCCAUGGGCCUCCACCUUCUGGCCGGGUUGCAGCGCCUCAAGUCCCGCUACGGCUGCAUCGGUGACGUGCGUGGCCGUGGACUCAUGGCCGGAGUCGAGAUUGUGGGUGACCGGGAGACCAAGUCCCCCUCCAUCGACCUGGCCCGGAACGUCUCGCACAAGAUGUACGACCUGGGGCUGUGGGCCAACCUCAGCAGCCACUCGAGCUUCGGGGGCGUGUUCAGGAUCGCGCCGCCCAUUGUCAUCACGAAGGAGCAGCUCGACCAAGGCCUCGAGAUUAUGGAGAAGGCGCUGCAGACCACCGAGGGGACUAUGCCCUUGUACUAGGAGAAAUGAUGUGUGGAUGGUAUUGCGAGUCUUGGAAUAACCAGCCCAGUGUUUUGCCAUCUUGUUUUCAUUGAUUACGAUAGAAACGCAGCAAGCAUAUCUAUCGAUCUGAGCUCUUUUGGACGGUGGGUGGGCGGGUGGCCUUGCCCAGGGAUGUCGGUAACGAUUCGUAUUCGGCUGCAUCAAUGGUAUUGAAACCGAAACCCAGACAGAGGUGCAGACGCACAGAACGAAAAGAACCAGGACAGCUGAGAGGGAAUGCCCCAAUAAUGUUCUUGACGAGGAAGGGCAAUGGGGACACAUAGAUAGACCAGGGGACAGCAUGAUGGAGGACUAACCAACUUGCCUACUAGGUACCUGGGGACUCAAUACAGCUUUUUCCCGUCGCUGUUGGUCGGCUAGGAACAUGAAUCGAGGUUAUGAUUAAUGAGCAUUCAAUGC